UUUCCCACCAACACUGCAUGCAGGCGGUGAAUGUGGCUAGUGUGCACCUGAUGGGGAUAUGAUCACCAAGAGGGCGGAGGUUCUAUGAAUAGACCGAGGUGAGUGCGACAAGUUCUACUCGUCAGCGACGUUCGCUCUAAGUGUUGAUCCUCGAGUGAGACCGUAUUCGGGAGUUAAACGUUUCUUAUGACUAGCGCUCGGCAGCAGUUACCAGUGAUUAUGUUCACCAGAUGACUACAAGUUACCCUGGCCGUCUUUUGAGGGACAGCACGGCAAGACGAUACCUCGGAAGAGCAGUGAAGUGAAUAAAUCAAACGGAUGACGUACUUCCCAGGGAUACGAGCGAUCCCGGUGGCGCUGUUGCGUCUGCUGCUGGUGGUAAUUCUUCGGGAAUCUGGAGAACACUACUAUGAUGCCUCCUCCAAGCUCCUCAACCAGUACGACUUUAUCAUCGUGGGAGGAGGAUCGGCAGGAAGCGUACUGGCGGCAAGACUGUCUGAAAUUCCCCAGUGGAGGGUACUUCUGCUGGAGGCUGGAGGUCCCCCUCCUCCAGAGAGCCACGUCCCAGGUUUCAACCAGCUCCUCCUCCAGGGCGACGCAGACUGGAACUACUUCACAACUCGACAGAAGAAAUCCUUCAAUGGCUUCACAGAUAAUCGCAUUCCUUAUCCACGAGGUCGCGUCAUCGGCGGGUCAUCAGUCAUCAACUCUAUGUUCUGGGUGAGAGGGAACAGAAGGGACUUCGACAACUGGGAGGCCAUGGGCAACCCUGGGUGGGGAUACAAGGACGUUGAUCCCUACUUCAAGAAGUUAGAAGACUUCAGAGGCAAAGUCAACGCGAAAACAGCCUCUAUACACGGGUAUGAUGGACCAGUGACGGUGGAGAACAGAGUUUGGAGAACCCCGGCGCUGGAGGGGUUCUUGAGGGCCGGCAAACAAAUGGGGUACGAUAUAGUGGACCCUAGCGACCCAGACCAGAUAGGUUUUUUUGAGGUAGAUAUCACCGCAAAGAAUAGCGUAAGAUGGUCCACAGCCGAUGCCUAUAUCAAGCCCUCAGCCUCUAGACCCAACCUACACGUCGUGCUCAAUGCACACGUCACUAAGAUACUCUUUGAUGACUACAAGAGAGCAAUUGGAGUCCGCUUUGAACACAGGAGAAAGCUGAAGUCAGUGUACGCUCGUAGGGAGGUGUUAUUGUCUGCUGGGGCCAUCGGUUCACCCCAGAUACUGAUGUUGUCAGGGGUGGGACCUGCUGAUCACCUUUACCAACACGGAAUCCCCGUAUUGGUAAACGUUCCAGGAGUGGGCCACAACCUGAAUGACCACCCUUACCUCACCGGCCUCGCCUGGACCACCAAGAACGGAUCAUCAUACAACAUCCUGGACAUCGUCCACCCCUUAACCCUACAGAAAUACAUCCACAAAAGAGACGGUGAGUGAAGCUUAAUUUACACG